CCGACUAUCAAAUUUCCUUUCGGUCAUAUCCUUUCGCGACCAAAUCACCCGCCAUUUUUCGAAUCUUCGACCCAAUUACCCGGCAUGUACUUUAGAAUAAAAUAUAUAAGGUAUGAAGGGUAG